AUCGGACACAAUAAAACUAAAGAAGAACCAACUGUGUUUUUUGGCUCAAGGGCCACACAAUGUUUGGUUCCGUGUUUUGCUUUCAUUUUCUAGUCUCUUGUUUCAUGCUUCCUGUCUUGCUUGCAGCUCAAUGGGAACAAUACCCAGAAGAUUGUCCUCCUUCUCCUCAACCAUGUGGCUAUCUGGGGCAUAUCUUCCCCCCCUUCACAACAAGCAAAGAUCCAAAAUGUGGGUUGCGAAUAAGUGGCUGUGAUGACAACAGUGAAGUCAAACAAAUCUCACUGACAGACCAAAAAUGGUAUAAAAUUGAUUCCAUAAUAUAUCCAACUUUGGAUCCCAAUGACCUUGCCAUUUUCAUCCAUUACCCAGAUUUUGACACCGUUGUUCCAGAGCAGCCUAGGCAGCCUUUUGAGAUGGAUAAAGAGUAUUUCAAGAUCUAUAACAAUGUUACCUUCUUUGGAUGCCUUCGCAACACCGAAAACAAAAUUUCAACCCCUCCAAACAUGCUUUUAUACAGACACUGUCAAAACAUGUCUUUAAACUACGACAUGUACUUCAGUUCUUCCCAUGAAGUCGACUAUCCCAUGCCCAACAUUCCGUUCGCAUGCUUACUUUUUCAGGUUUCUCAAUCUGGAUCCUUUUGCAAUUGCCCUUCAUUUACACUUUUAUUUUCUAUUCUCCAAAUUAAAUUAAACAUGCCCAAAAAUUGCAAAGCCUGUCCUCAUGGCCUGUGUAAGUUGAAGUUUGAAGGUCAACGCCUCAAUUGUGACCCACCCAGUCAUUAUGGACAACCACCUCGUCUUUCCCCGUCCCUGGUUUCUCCACCUCCAACGGCCAAGGCUAAGAAACUGGCUUUAUGUGUUGGAAUACCAGUCCUGGUUGGGGUUUUUGCCUUGGUUGGUGUUAUUCUUUUGUUGUUGAAAGGAAGAAAGAAACGUUCAGGCCUCCAAAACAAAUCAAGAAACGUUUAUUCUUCUUCCUUCAUAAAUACAACGUCCAUGGAAAGUGGAGGUGUCUACUUUGGGAUCUCUGUCUUCUCCUUCGACGAGCUCAGAGAGGCAACCAACAAUUUUGAUGAAGCUAGGAAGCUUGGAGAAGGAGGCUUUGGAACUGUUUACUUGGGAAAACUUAGAGAUGGUCGUGAAGUUGCAGUGAAGCGCCUGUUCGAGCGCAGCUAUAGGCCAGUGGAGUCAUUCAUCAAUGAAAUCCAGAUUCUCACACGUCUGCGACACAGAAACCUUGUGUCCCUCUAUGGCUGCACUUCGCGUCACAGCCGGGACUUACUGCUAGUGUACGAGCACAUCCCAAAUGGCACUGUUAGCUCUCAUCUCCAUGGUGAUGAAGGAAAUUCAUGCUUUCUGCCAUGGCAUCUGAGAAUGAAAAUUGCCAUACAAACUGCUAGUGCAUUGGCUUAUCUCCACGCUUCUGACACCAUUCACAGGGACGUGAAAACCAGCAAUAUUCUCUUGGACAAUGCGUUUGAUGCUAAGGUUACGGAUUUUGGUCUUUCAAGGCUGUUCCCUGAUGAUGUCACUCACGUUUCCACUGCUCCAAGAGGUACCCCUGGUUAUGUUGAUCCAGAUUAUCGGCUAUGUUACCAGCUGACAACAAAGAGUGAUGUAUAUAGCUUUGGGGUUGUGCUUGUUGAGUUAAUAUCAUCUCUCAAAGCAGUUGAUAUGAACAGGAACAGGGAAGAAAUUAAGUUGGCAAAUCUUGCCAUUAGGAAGAUUCAAAAGGGUGCCUUUUCUGAGUUGGUUGAUCCUUCCCUUGGUUUCCAAUCAGAUGAGAAACUAAAAAUGAUGAUAGGUUCGGUGGCAGAGUUGGCUUUUCAGUGUCUGCAACAGGACAAGGAAUUGAGACCCUCUAUGGCUGAAGUAUUGGAGGUGCUGGAGAGAAUUCACAGUGGCAGGGAUGAGCCACCGAAUCAGGAGGGAAUUGUCGUUAAUGGUGCUAUAAGAGCUUCUCAAAGCUAUGCUCACCCACCUCUUCCAAACACUCUGAUAAACCCACAAAACCGCCUUUUCAAAACAAACUGAUAAAAGGGAUCUGCAAAAUACAUCAGAACCUAUCUUUCAUUUCUAUUGUUGUGCAGAUUUCAACUCCACUUUGCAUCAUUAGACUAAACGAGUUCGUCAAAUACUUGUCUUGUUGGAGUUUGAUGAUUCGGAUGCUUA